UGUAUAAUAAGAACGGGUGGGAGGCUCAAGCUUAUGCUAGCAUUGAAGCAUUGAUGCUAUGACGAUGGACGCUCAUGUGGAAGCUACCAUACAGCGAGCUGAUUUAUAAACUGCCGUAGCCAUUUGCCCACGUGUAUGGGCAACGAAUACACAAAGUCGUUAAUUGUUUUUCCUAUUGAAUCAUUUUGAACCAUUUUGGAUAUCACAAGGCAUUGCAUUUACCGUGGGAACAAUAUGAAAAUACAGUUUUAAAAGCAACAUUUUCCAAGUUUUGCCAGAACUUCCUACAUCAGAAUGAAGGAACGGACAGAUGCUCCUCAGGACCGGGGCUGCCUGGUGGGGAUCUGUUUCUUCAUUCUGGGCCUGGGAACGCUGCUACCAUGGAACUUCUUCAUGACUGCCUCAUUGUAUUUCCAGGAUCGCCUCAACCCGACAGAAUGGAGCAACGGCACCACGGUGGUGGUCCGCAAAGAGUACUACUUCAACAACUGGAUGACCCUGCUGUCCCAGCUGCCCCUGCUGCUGUUCACCCUGCUCAACUCCUUCCUGUACCAUAGGAUAUCAGAGGCAGUGCGCAUCGCAGGCAGCCUGGUUUUCAUCCUGCUGCUCUUCAUCCUCACAGCAGUGAUCGUCAAGGUGCCCAUGGAGGAAGAUCGCUUCUUCUCCGUCACCAUGGCUACUAUCUGGUUCAUCAACUCCUUCGGGGCCGUGCUGCAGGGCAGUUGUUUCGGCCUGGUGGGUCUCCUGCCUCAGAAGUACAGCACGGUGUUCAUGAGUGGCCAGGGCCUCGCCGGGACCUUCGCUGCCAUCGCCAUGCUGCUCGCCAUCGCCAGCGACGCGGACUCUGAGACGGCAGCGUUGGGUUACUUCAUCACGCCAUGUGUCGGGACGCUGGUCACGCUGGGCAGCUACGUCCUGCUGCCCCGCCUGGAGUUUGCCCAGCAUUAUCUGAACAAAAGCGUCAAGUAUGAGGCAGGCGCCACGGACGAGUUGCUGAAAGAGAGCAGCACAGUGGAGAAUGGCAAGCUGAACGGCCAUGCUAACGGCACAGCGACCAUCAGCAGCCCAGAGGGGGGGGCUGAGGUGGAGGGAGACCCCGGGACAGAACGGCCCAAGCCCGCCUUCCUGUCGCUGGAGCAGGAGGAGAAGGGGCAGGCCAAAGCCUCCGUCGUAGAGGUCUUUAAGAAGAUCUGGGUGAUGGCGUUCUGCGACGUUGUGUUCACGGUCACUCUGUCCGUCUUCCCCGCUGUCACUGUAGAUGUCAAGACCUCCUUCCCAGGAAAAUGGGAGCGCUUCUUCAUCUCAGUGUGCUGCUUCUUGAUUUUCAACCUCAACGACUGGUUCGGUCGGACCGUCACCACUUUCAUAUGUUGGCCUGCUAAGGAGUCUCGUCUGUUCCCGCUGCUCGUGGUCUGCAGGGUGGUGUUCGUCCCGCUGCUGAUGCUCUGUAACGUCCAGACCCGCUCCUUCCUGCCCGUCUUCUUCAGCCACGACGCUGCCUUCGCCAUCAUCAUGACGCUCUUCUCUCUGUCCAGCGGAUACUUCGUCUGCCUGUCCAUGUCCUACGCUCCUCAGCUGGUGGAUAAGAAGGACGGAGAGACUGCUGGAGCCCUGAUGACCUUCUUCUUGGCCCUCGGUCUGUCCAUAGGAGCCGCCCUGUCCUUCCCCCUGAGAGCUCUGGUCUAGUCUCUCUCACACACACACACACACACACACACACACACACAUACACAUACACAUACACAUACACACACACGCACACAUGCACACAUGCACACACGCACACACACACACACACACACACAGCACUGCAUAAACACCAUAGGAUUUGUUUUGUCUCUCCAGGACGACUUCCUCCCUCCUUUUAUCUGUCAGGUGCUGUGUGUGAAUUGGCACACUGGGUGUUAAAAUGAGCGCCAGGGUUCCUGUUGAAAGUAGGAAUAAGGAAUAAGGGAUAAACGGUAUGAAUGGUUUUGUUACCUGCUGCUAACACACAUGUUGGGAAACACUUCCUCUCCGUGCAGCUGAUACAGGACUGGUUUUGUUCAGAUUUCUACAUUGUUAGAUGUAUUUAUGUUUAAUUAAGGUUAGUCACUUUAGGGCAUUACGCUAUAUUUUUGUAUUUGAUUGAUGGCUUGAAUGCUUUGUGUUAUCAGGUAUUUCUGAUGUAUUUUCCUUCAUAUGAUUAGUUUUUUUUUAAUACAAUAGAUUUAUGUUACGGAAGUAGAACAAAAAAUGAUUUGUAAUAUAGUCAUGUUAAAUUCCCAAUGGAAGGUUAGGGACCCGCCUCAAAGGCUUGUGUAGAUUGAUAAACAGGGCCAAGCAGUCGGGGGCCCCGGACCCCUGUUCGAAGUGACAGUAUUUCCUGUUGCAAGGUAAAUCCAAUGCCAUAUAGACACUGUCAUUUCAUGUCUCUGUGGUAGUUUCAAAGACAUGUACACUACCACAAAGUGGCGCAAAAUGAAUACAAAACACAUACAAUUACUACAAAGACAUACAAAACUAACAGAUAUAAAUGCAAAAUGAACAAAAAGACAAUAAUAAUCAUUUCACUUGAUCAGUUGUUUCUUUAGCCUCUUGGCCUCUUGGCUACUACUGCCAUCUACUGGUGAACACAUGUAAACCCUUCAGGAAUGAAUUUGCUUUGAGGUCACUGCUGACAGACAGGAAGUGGACCUGGGUUAGGGUUAACAGGUUAUAUGAGUAGGACCACAUUCUUCUGCUGACAUGAGGAAGUAGAUUAACUCUCAGUUACUGUAACCGCUGCAAUUUUGUUACUAACUGUACAAAUGUAGUGGUGCUGAUGUUGCUGCAAGCCAUUCAAAAAAACAUUUGAAUCAUGUGGAAAUUAGAUUAUUUUUUUUGUACAGAUAUUGAAUUUAACUAUGUCAAAUAGUAUUGGACUUUUUUUAGACAUUGCUGCCAAUGUGCCAAGCUCCAAUGACAGUUUUGUUAUGAUUUGUUUUCUUAUUGUAGUGCACAAAUGUAUAGGAAUCAACUUAAUGUAGAUUUGUUUAUGUUUACGAUAUCUAUAUAGGUUGAAUUGAUUGCUUACUUUAUAAGCGUUCAUUUAUGAAUCAAAGUGUUUUUAUUAGAUUUUGUGAUGAUGUAAAUAAGGAGAUUCAUGAUGAGUGUGAGUUUACUGUCUCAUGUAAAAGGGGAAAAUUGACCGCUGCUGUUUCAAAUGCACCAAGGGCUGAGUCCUGAUGAAGGGAGCUAUAUUAAUGGGACGUGUUCUUUUUAGAGGUUACUUGAUUCGUGCUGUAUUCACAUUUAGUGGGAAUUUGAACUGAACAAACAUGCAUUUAUAUUUGACUUGAUGGUUUACAGCAAACAACUAAGGCAAUGUAAGCCCAAAGUAGACAAACACAUCUGCAGGUGAUGAACAACAUCUUUCAGUAGGAAGUGAGGUGAACCAUUUUUCUGACAGAAUGUGAAUGCAGCAUCAGUUUUUGGGAAGGAGAACUCGGACCAUGAUUUAACCCCGGGAUCCUUAUGUGUAGUUCAAAGACAUAACUCAAGCGUUUGAGCACUAGGAAAAGUGCUCUACAAAUCCUAUGUAUUAUAAGAAACAAACAAAACAUUUUUCCCUUCUACUUCUAAACUUGACGAAUGUAGGUUUUUGGAUUUACCUGGAAAAGAAUACAACAGUAUGUAACAGUGAUGAUCAGCCUUAAUAAUAAUAAAACCCAGUUUUAAGUUUUAUGUUGUGUUCACAUCACAUUGACUGUAAAUACUGCUGUCUGCCUCUUUGUAGUGUGUGUGCUUGUGCUGCUCAUUCCAGAUGUGCUAACAUGGAGCACAGAACAGUCCUCUAACAUAAGCAACAACACCAGAGUAAUCUUGGGUCCAUGCAUCCAAAGCAACAUGUCAUUCAAAUGUUUUCUCUGGUGUGUGGGGGGCACAUCCUUAACACUGCUGUCAUGUGAUCCAUUAUGUGCAGCUGACUUGUGCUCCAUACAGACAGAGGAUCAUGAUUCAACUGCCUGAUCACUGAGUUAGAGUAAAGGGAAUACAUGCAUGUGCAUCAUGUUUCUUUAUAGAUCUGACUGUCAAUAAAUGGAUGCUUUCAACUAG